UAUUAUUUAUUUAUGUACUUAUUACUUUUUAUUUAUUUAUUAAUAAUAAUUAUUAUUAUUUAAAAUAUAAUCGUGGAUAGUCUGUUUAUCAUGGUAGGUUUAUUUAUUUAUUAUUUUGUAAGUAUUUAUUUUUAAAGCCGGUGACCUGGCUUUUAUUUUGAAAAAUAAUCUCUACUAGCAGCUUGUUCAUACAUUCAACUAAUGCUGUACGGCUUUUUACGUUAUGUUUAUCAUUUUUAGCGAAAGCUUAUAUAAACAGUAACGCGCAGUGUGUACGGCAGCUUCUAAAUCAAAAGGCAACGGGUGUGAGACUUGAUGCCAGAUAUUUUCGGCUAGAUCUGUAUCUGCCCUUGGCAAGUAACCUUAUGACUUUCUUUUGUGCUCUUUAGCAUACUAAUUACUGUGUUGUGUCCACACCUAUGCCACCGGUGUCAACAUACCUAACCAUACUCGUUUGCGGUGCACGAGCCCUAAAAAUUCCCGUCCAUCGAUGUAUGAGUGGAGUAUGUGUUCAGAGUCAGACACACCUUGAGCUGUCAGCAAGAAGCAUGUGGGUUUUUGGUUACGGAUCUUUGAUUUGGAAAGUUGACUUUCCAUACGAGGAGAAACGAGUGGGUUUCGUCAAAGGUUUCAGUCGCAGAUUCUGGCAGGGAAGUACGGAUCAUCGCGGGGUGCCUGGAAAGCCUGGGCGAGUGGUGACAUUAAUAGAGGACCCUGAGGGCUGUGUAUGGGGCGUUGCUUAUAAAUUGCCAUCAGGCCGAGAAAAGGAAGUGAAAGAGUAUCUGGACUACAGAGAGAAAGGCGGCUAUGGGGUGAUCACUGUUACAUUUCAUCCCAAAGAUGAAGAACACCAACCAAUGCAGGACACAUUGCUCUACAUCGGCUCCUGUGACAACCCAAAUUACCUUGGCCCAGCACCUUUGGAGACAAUUGCUCAGCAGAUUGUGAAGUCUGUAGGCCCCAGUGGCAAGAAUACAGAUUACCUGUUUGAGCUCGCCGAAGCCCUCAGGCAUCUAAUACCCGAAGACUUAGACGAUCACCUGUUCUCUUUGGAGCGUCUUGUGAAGGAGCUGCAGAAGCAGAAGGAGAUUGAGUGAUCUGCUAUAGUCUGCUUUGUCCUUAAUCUUCUGAAAAACUCAGGAAUUUAGUCCAUUUUUUUGUUGCACAUAUAUCCGAUGCAUGCUUAAAGGGAUUACCUGAUAAAGCGUCAGAUAAGCAGUACUUAAACCACUGUUAUGUUUUUAAAUAGGAUUAUUUAAUAUAUGGUAGUCACUACUGAAUCUACACUUGAUUUUAUGAUGUGACAUUUCACAUCAUUUGUCUCGCGUUAAACCUUGAGAUACAAAUCAAGAACUUGAAAGGAUUUCAGUAUAUUGCACAUAACGUUGUUACGUCCAUGAAAAUGUAAAUGAAAGGAUGAUUUAUUUUUCAGAGGCUGGUUAAUUUGACUCCGGAUACUUGAAUAUGUUACAAAGCCAUUUCCUCUUUAUUUUUAAAGUUCCUUACCAUCCUAAUCUUCAAAUAAGCCAUAACGAGGUGAAUCUCAUGAACAUAAACGUUUAAGUCACCAAUUUACUCCAAAAUUCAAAUAAUAAUAAUAAUAAUUUGAAUAAACCAAAUUAAACAUGUUCUUGAAAUCUUAAAUAAUUAUUUUCCAUUGUAUAACAUUUUAAUGACAUUUAACAAUUUUAAUUUCAUUUCCAACCCAAAUUCACACUAACAUUUUACUUAACAAAAAUAUUAUAGAUUGUUUUACUUUAAUGUGGUCAUUUUUUAAAUUAUGAAUAAUUCGUAACCACCUAGGUCAUGUUGACCCCAUGACCUGUUAAUGAGAUCCAGAUGUUGCAAUCGAUUCCGAUGUUUGUACAUGUCCGAAGAUUUUAUGGUCCGUCCCUACAUCCGGGGGGUUUUUCCCAUCUGUGGCCCACGUGUCUGGUUGCAUUCCAAGGCAUGGUGUGUUAUAGACUCUCUCUGUAUGGGUGUGUGAGAAAAAUAUAUUGGCCUUAAGGACAAUAACAGAAUAAAUAAACAAUUUUAACAGAAUAUAAGAGCAUAUCACAAUAUGUGUGUGUGUACCCGCAAUAUAAUAUGAUGACUGCAUAAAAAUAAAUUAAAUAAAAUAUGUAACAAGACUAAUAAUGAAAUGGGAAUAAAACAAUAAAUAAAGAAACGGGUAAAAAAAUCCUCUUACAUUUUUUCCAAGAAAAAAAGAUUUCCACCUCGUGCAAGGACCCUCAUUAGUUUAAGUUUAAAGAAUAAAUCUUUCUUUGAGAUUCUCUCUCUCUUACACACACACACACACGUUUGCUUAGCUAUCUAAAUGGUGACAUUACAGACUCCUAUUAGUUUUUUUUAAGUUUUUCUACAGAUAAUUACAUUUUACAACCUGACACUAACUCAUCACAAUAAAUAAAUAAUUGAUGUGCUUUCUAAGUAAUUUUCUCAUGGGGCUCAAUAAAAUGGCCCAUGCAAAGUCAAAAUGUUCCCCUCUUUGAGAGGACACUUGGCCCCCACAGCGUAGGUUAAACAAGUAUACAAACACACAUUCAAUCAUUCGAGUCUUAUUCUCUUCUUUUAAAUGAAAUGAAUAUAAAUUAUGCGAUCACACACACACACAAUAUAAAACUAUGCAAACAUUUACACUAGUUUUAGUCAUCAUGCUUUUGUUGUUAAGACUGCUUAUUAAUAGUGGUAACACUUAAAACGGGUUCACAAGUCUCAUAGAUCUAUAUUAUUUUAAUUAAUUAAUUACUUUUCUUAUUUUUACAAAGAUUUCAAUUAAAUUCCUAGUAAAUAUGAGGCCAAAACAUGAUAUUACAAAAGAAAUCAUGUUGAUAAAUGCGGUUGUUGCAGUGUUUUUAAAAUUUGAUUAUUUUAAAAAUAAUCCAAACAGAUCCACACACACACAAUGACGUUAUUCAGGAAGGACUGCAGUUCAGAUUGGCACAACGUCCAUUUUGUUCUUGAGAUUUUUUACACACUUGUUAUCUCCCGUAGAAUCAUCAUUCGGAUCGCACACAUGCUCGAUGACCGUGUGCAUCAGUUUCCAGAGUCACGCUCCAUCAGCUUUUGCACGGCGUCAGACAACUUUUUCAAAAUUCGAUUCUUUUCAAGGGAUAAACUUUGUGCCCUAAUCUAUAUAGAGCGUUGUCGCCGUUUCCUAGAAUCUGGAUUGACUGUUUUAAUUCACGUUAGAAUUUAUGGUAAAAAACCGGCAGCUGUGGUAAAAUACGGUAACAACAUUUUAGGAUUUACGGGUUUAACUUAAAUUUACAGUUAAAUACCGUAAUUUCAUUAACUGAUAUAAUGUUAAUGUACCAACCUAUUGAAUACUGAAAUCUGUUUUGUACCUUUGAAAUACACUGAUAACCACCAAAUGCAGGUGGUGAUGAGAAAGUCACAUGAUGAACCAAAGCCCAUCACAAGCAGCUUUUCAAUAAUAACAUAUGUAGAAGGUGCUCAGUGUCAUUCACACAAACACUAAACGCCAUCAUGGUGAGAUAUAUGCAAUAAACAUUAAUAUACAACCCUAAUAAACAUAACUGAAAAAAUAAGAAGAAACAGUUAUUUCAAAGAAAAAAACAUCAAAUUCAAACAAAAUUUGAAAUGCAAUGCAGGGAAUUCUGGGAAUGUCAGUUUACGUUUUUUCCCUGUAAAUUGUACAGGAACUUACCGUUAACCAUUUAACAGGUUUUUACUGUAGCAUUUUCACAGUUUUUUACCGUUAAAAUCACGGUCAUUUUUUACAGUGCAUUAACACUUUCAAUUUCGGGGUUUAUGGGUUAGAUCCUCCGAAGCGAUAUUAAUGGCUCUCAAGUAGAGAGUAAUUUUCUUAAUUUUCAUUUAUUUCUAUAAACACAAUGCUGACGGCUCUUAGAGAGAAGGCCUCGCCUAUAGUAACGACAUAUACAGUCCAACAAACAAAAUGUGUACAGCGUCAUCCAUAAUCCCGAUCGUCAGGAAGCCACGCUACUCGUGCAAAAUAUUGAAUAAAAUAUGAUGAAUGAAUGUAAAAUAUGUUUUCUUUGUUCGGUUAAGAAGCUUCAUCUAGACCCCCGCAUUAUUUAGACCCCCAAAUAAGACCAGUUCCACUCGGAUAAUGAACACCUCGGGGAAAAAUCAUUUGAAAUGUAGGUUUGUCAAAAAGAAAGAAGAAUAUUUUAUCUGGUUUAGUUGUAUUUAAAAAUAAACAAAAUCCCUUUCUUAAAAACAUUGCGUCAAACUUAUUUGGUAGCCUGAUUCUCGUUUCAUCGUGCAUUCACCACAUAUUUAUCAGUCUUAUAAAAGUAGCGUGAACCUUCGUAGAAGUAAUAAAAGUAAAUCUUAUGAAACAAAGAGAACUGAUUAAUGACUUUGUUACAACAAAACAGAUAUGAAACUACAUUUGGUAACCUUUUUUUCAAGCUUUAAAGCAAGUUUAUGAUUUAAAAUCAGUAAGUGUUAUACAAAUGUACAAUACAAUAGUUGAUUUUGGGAAAAAGUUUGAAAACUAACUUACAUAUGCCAAUCUGAACUGCAGACCUUCCUGAAUACAAGCAUACAAAGCGGAUACAUCACAUAUUGUAACUUUCUACAUAUAUUUUCAGUAUAGUUAACCAAUUGAAUAUUGAUAGUAUAUGUUAUUUAUCACGCUGAUAAAGAUCGGUUCAGAAAAGGCUGAUAAAAUAAACUAAGUACAAGUUUCCUUUAAAGGGGACCUAUUAUGCCCGUUUUUACAAGAUGUAGCAAUUAGCCUAACAGAGUGCCAAGAAGCUCUUUCAGAAAACCAACGUGCGUGUGUGUGUGUGUGUGUGUGUGUGUGUGUGUGUGCGUGCAUCAGCUCACCCCACUCAGACUGACAUUUCACUCUUGUGAGUGAGAAGAGCUCAAAGCAGGACUUAAUUUCCCAACUUAGGUACAUUUUGUAAACAUUUAAUUCUAAGUAUGAACAUCAUUGCCCCCAGAAUAAUGUAAAGUGUUUUAUUUUUAUACAGUAUGUUUUAUAUAACCACAGUUUUUUUACCAAAAAAAGAAGAGAAUUGUGUUUUAUAGGUUCAAUACAAAAUGUUGAAUAGUUUUUAAAAAUGUAUGAUAAAUGUUUUGCUUUAGUAACAUGUUUGUUACUAUGACAUAUAUAAUUAUAUAUUUUGUUUAUUACCAUAUUAUUUAAAUGAAGAGAAUGAAGUGUUAAGUAAAUGUUGAAUACAUGAAUAAAAUGUACAAUAAAAGAUUUGCUUUGCUUUAGCAACAUAUUUGUUUCUGUGUUUUAUAAGUUCAAUAAACUUAAAUGUUGAAUACUUGUUUAAAAUGAAUGAUGAAUGAUUUGCUUUAGUAACAUGGUAGUAACAUGCUGUCAUACUGUAUAUAAUUAUAUAUUUCCAUAUUCUUUAAAAUAGAGAUAAGUCUCUCUUUAGCUUGAAAUGUUUAUGUGCGUGUUUGUUUAUAUGACUUAUGAUACAAAAUUGUAUAAUGAUGUAGGUAUUACACUGAUAUGACAAUGUGGUUUAUGAUUAAACUUUGAGUGCUCAUAAUUCAGAUCGCUUAAAAACAAUAUUUUAUUAAAAUAGUAAUUACUAAUAGUAUGCAGAUUUUUUUUUUUUUUUGUGAUGGGUAGGUGUACAGUAAAAAUCAUUGUCUAUGUAGUGUCAUAGAAUGUCUGUGGAGUGUAGUAAUACUCCAAAAGAUUGUA